UCCUGAGGGACCAGGAAGAGAAGCCCAUAAACAUCGAUUCAGACAUGAUGAAGGGAACGAAAACGGUUUCCAAAGAUGCCGAGUGGACCGAAGGCAGCGAGAAACGGGAUGACAAAACCAUGGAGCGCGUUCGAACCAAGAGAAACUUCAUCUACUUCCCCGACCAAAUAACGACGCAGCAGCCGCGAGCAGAACGGUCUUUCCCCGAAUACGUCGACGAGGGUUUACUCUCCGAAAACGACGAUUAUGGGGAAGGUUCUUAUGAUGAUUAUUCCUUUGACGGCUACGCUUACGGGGAUCAGCAGAAUGGAGGUCGGCCUGGAGGGUUCGUUCCAGGUGGCGGCCCUCCCCCAUUCGGUGGCCCUCCUCCAUUCGGUGGCCCUCCUCCAUUCGGUGGCCCUCCUCCAUUCGGUGGACCUCCUCCCAAUGGUCCUCCCCCAUUUGGCGGGCCACGUGGGAGACACCCGGCCAUGCGAGCCAUCCGCGACAUAGUGCCGCCCAUGCUUCGCCGUCUGGUCCUGCAGGUGUACUUCAGGCUGGCCACAGGAGCUGAAGCCGAGGACCUGACAGAGCUCUCGUUCCUGCCCAUGUCGACCCGUGAGUACAUCAAGAAGAUUUACGACUACGUGACCACCGGCGCGCCCCCCCGAGUCUGCGAGCCGUGGAGAAUCGCCUCUGCGAACGGAUCGGUGAUGGAAUCGCUCGUGUUCUACAUGAUGCAGAACCCAUUCAACAACCCCAUGACCGUGACGCAAGAGAAAGUUGACCAGCUACUGAACUUCUUGAAGACCAACGUGUCAAACGAAGUCAGGAAUGUCGUCAAGGGAGACCCAGUUAUGGAGGGUCUUCUCAAUCUGUCCAUCAGCUACAUCGACAUCUUGAAAGAGAAUUCAGACGAUAUCAUUAAUCUCAUCAAAGAGGGCGUCCGAAUGAUGAUGCUCUCACCCGAGGAACUGUGUAUGUUGGUGACCACGAAGCCAGGACCGGAACCCGACGAGGACAUGCGCUGUAUGAGAAUGGCCCAGAAAGACGUACUGAAGAUCGCUGAAUCGGAAGAAGAUAAGGAAGAUCCCUUCUUCCAGAAUCCACUGAAGCAAGCAUUGUCCAUGGCUUUGAAAAAACACAUGAAAAAGGUGUUCUGGAAACAAGAGGAAGGUUCAGUGUUCCGAGGAAGAAGGUCCAGGAUCACCGGCACGAUGGCCUGGGAUAAAGUGGCCGUCUGCAGCUGCUCGUCCUGCGGGCAAGGCGGAGGCUUCGGAGGCGGGAGCGGCGGAGGUUGGCGGAGGUUCGGGAAAGCAAGAGAUAUCCUAGCAGGGACAAGAACUGAGCUGUGGGCCGCGUCGGAGGAGCGCACGGAGGAGGGCAGAAGCAUCAGCGGGGUAGUGAUCAUAUACCCGUCGGUGACCAGCGGACUCCGGCCUAGCACCGUGUGCAAAGACCAGCAGUGGGGCAGCUCCGAGGCCUGGGUCGUGUGUCGGGAGAACGCGACCAAUAACGAGGAACUGAUCGAAGCUGAUGCAUUCGACAUGCCCGAGACUGACAAGAUGCCGGAGGUCAUGCUCAGUAAGAUUACGUGCGAAGGGAAUGAGUCAAGUCUCGCCUACUGCAAAUGCUCGGGUUCUCGGUGCUCUGAGAGAUGGGGGAAGAAGAAAUGCGAAAUUCCAGCUGCAGUGACUUGCCUCUUUAAGAACAAGCCGCAACUCGUCAACAAGACUAAACUUUUGUGCAACAUCUUUGCAUUACACUUGUGUCACUAA